GCGACACCCCCCGCACCUCACUCACCGAAGCAGAACAGCACACCCAGGAUGCCGAGCGCAUGCGACACCGUUAAAGGGCUCGCGGACACCCCCACCCUCUUCGGCGUCGAGGGACUCGUGGCCGUCGUUACUGGCGGCGGAACCGGCAUCGGGCUGAUGAUCGCGAAGGCCUUGGAGCACAACGGCGCGGUGGUGUACAUCGUCGGCCGGCGGCUGCAGGUGCUCGAAGAAGCCGCGCGCGAGCACAGUCGUCGGGGCAGCCUCAUUCCGCUCCAGGGCGACGUCACCUCGCGCGAAUCCAUGCAGGCGGUCGCGGAGACGAUCCGCCAGAAGCACGGCUUCGUGAAUCUGCUCGUGAACAACGCGGGCCUCGCGAAGAGCUUUCUGCCGAAACUCCCGGGGCCCGGCGAGGUCGACAUGAAGAAGUACCAGGAGCUGCUCUGGAACGCCGGAUCACCGCGCGAGUUCUCCGGCGCGUUCGACGUGAACGUCACCUCCGCCUGGUACUGCGCCGUCGCCUUCCUCGACCUGUUGGACUCCGCGAACAAGCGCGGCAACAUGCCCGGCGUCACCAGCCAGAUCAUUACCGUCUCGAGCGGCGGCGCGUUCCGGAAGGAUGACAAGGUGUUCAGCGUGCCGUACACGCUCAGCAAGUCUGCCGCGACGCACCUGGGCAAGAUGCUCGCGCACUUCCUCAAGGACUGGAACAUCCGGAGCAACAUUAUCGCUCCCGGCAUCUUUCCAUCGGAGAUGAUAGAAGGGCUUAUCUCGCAGGAAUACAUCAACGCUGGUGUGCCGCUGCACCGCGCGGGAAGCAUCGACGACAUGGGCGGCUUGAUCCUCUUCUUAGCCAGCCGUGCUGGUGCUUAUAUGAACGGCACUGUCCAGCUCAUUGACGGAGGUCGGCUUUUACUGUACCCCUCCACUUACUAGUUACACGCUCGUCCCGUCUGCCUAUCUUGGAAUCCGCCCGAGCCUACCAGUACCACCUCCUUCCGCUUAUUUACGUCCGUCGCGGAUUCUCAACUGCC